AUCACAUCUAAUCUCAUCUUCCGAAUCAAAGAUCCUCUCCAGCCCCCCAAAAUCGCCCCUUUGAUCCAUUCAUCUUCUGGGAGUAUAUAACAGCACAUCCUUCCCAAUUCUGUCACAUUCCCAAAAUUCACUCUACAUAAGUUCAUAUUCUUUUUGUAUACUUCAUAAGUUUAUCAUCAAUGGCAUACAGCGAGUGUCAAAACUUCCACGUUCUUGCCGUCGACGACAGCAUCGUCGACCGGAAACUGAUCGAGAGGAUCCUGAAGGCUUGCUCCGGUGACAAUGUGAAAGUGACGGUGGUGGAUUCCGGGGCCAUGGCUCUCCGAGUGUUGAAUGAGGUGGGAGCGGAUCUGAUCAUCUCCGAUUACAGCAUGCCCGGAAUGACCGGGUACGAUCUGUUGAGGGAGAUCAAGGGCUGCUCUGCUCUGAAGCAUAUCUCCGUCGUCAUUGUGUCGUCAGAGGAUAUUCCUGCCCGGAUUAAUACCUGUCUGUCGGAGGGCGCCGAGGAGUACUGUCUGAAGCCGGUCCGGCUGUCGGACGUCAGGCCGCACCUGCAGAACGCCUGUAAAGGAAGAGCGGUCAGCGGAUUGAGUUCUACAUCUUGUGGGAUAUUUUGAAUUAACCAGUUUUGUGGAUUCUUGCCGGGAUUAGUUAUUGUGCUCCAGAACAAUUUUGCUGUUUCCAUUUCGGAUUUGUGAAGAUAUUUUAAAUUUUAGAAACUAUGAUGUAUUUAAUUGUUUUUUACGAUGUAUUUUAUUUUUCUUAUAGGAUUUAGAUUAUUCAAUUAAGAUAUUGAUAGUGAAUAAAUUGCUCAAUUAGAUUCUCCCA